GGAGGAAAGCAAACACGCAUGCGCAGAGCAGUCGGUGGCCCGGGAAGGCCAAGUUUUUGGUUCCUCGUCGCUCCUCGGCGGCAGCCAAUGGGAAGAGGGUUGGCAUGGCAACAAGGCAUCGGGGAAGCAGGUCCCUCCCCUGAGCUAUUUGGCGGGAGAGUGGUCGGGAAGAGGGGGAGCGAGGAAUGCUAAAAUGGAAAGCAAACGGAAGCUUUCCACAGGAGCUUCUGGUACGAGAGAACCCACUCUUUCACAACGCAAAAAGCCACGAGGGGAAGAUUGGGAAGAGGAUGGCCCUUCACAGUUUGAAGAAGAGUUGGCUUUUCUGGAUGAGGUGGAGGCUGAGAUGGCUCUGGAGGCAAAGGAAGCACAGUUGGCACCUGAUGCCAUCCCUCUCAGUAAUCUUUUCACAUCUGUGCGGAAUCCCAAGUGGCAGAGACCAGCCCCUCCCAAAAUAAAUCCCACAGAGGAUGCCUUGUGUUUCCAGCAAGUGGAACUGGAUUAUUAUGUGGGUACUCAUCUCCCUGGAUUCCCAGGAUCUACUCAGGGUCCAGUGCCUGUGUUACGGAUGUUUGGCAUCACCGAAGCUGGCAAUAGUAUCUGCUGCCAUAUCCAUGGUUUUGCCCCAUAUUUCUAUGUGCCUGCCCAGACUGGAUUUCAAGCAGGGCACUUGGCUGACUUUCAGCGGGAACUAAAUGCUGCUGUUAUCCGGGACAUGAGGUCCAACAAGGACGGCCUGAGCCAAGCUGUGCUAGCGGUGGAGAUUUGCAAGAAGCAGAAUAUGUAUGGCUACCAUGGGCAACAGCUAAUGCCCUUCUUGAAAAUCACAAUGGCAAUGCCCAGGCUAAUUGCCCCAGCUAAGAGGUUACUGGAACAGGGUUUACGUUGUGGGACUUUGGGAGUACACCACUAUCAAGCUUAUGAGGCCAAUAUUGAUUUUGAAAUCAGAUUUAUGGUGGACCGGGAUGUGGUUGGCUGCAACUGGAUUGAAUUGCCUGCUGGAAAGUAUCACCUGCGGCAGCAACAAUCCACUGGCGAAUCCAGCAAGGAGAAUCCAGCCAAGGUAUCACUCUGUCAGCUGGAAGCUGAUGUGGCCUGGAUGGAUUUCAUUAGCCAUCCCCCCGAAGGAGAGUGGCAACGGAUAGCCCCCUUGCGUGUGCUCAGCUUUGAUAUUGAAUGUGCCGGACGCAAAGGCAUUUUCCCUGAACCUGAGAAGGACCCAGUGAUUCAGAUUGCCAACAUGGUGCUACGCCAAGGAGAGAAGGACCCCUUUGUGCGCAAUGUCUUCACCUUGCAGAGCUGUGCCCCCAUUGUGGGUUCCCAGGUGCUCUCUUUCCCAAAGGAGGAGGAACUGCUGAAGGAAUGGGCAGAGUUUGUACGCAUUGUGGACCCUGAUAUCAUCACUGGUUAUAACAUUCAAAACUUUGACCUUCCCUAUCUCAUCACCCGUGCCCAGACUCUCAAGGUCUCCACCUUUCCUUUCCUGGGCCGUAAUCCCAGCCGCAAGUCUGUCAUCCGUGAUUCCUCCUUCCAGUCUAAGCAGAUGGGCCGGAGAGAGAAUAAAAUUAUUAACAUGGAAGGCAGAACCCAGUUUGAUCUGCUUCAGGUUCUCCUUCGGGAUUACAAAUUGCGCUCCUACACAUUGAAUGCUGUCAGUUACCACUUCCUUCAAGAACAGAAGGAAGAUGUACAGCACUCCAUCAUCACAGACCUUCAGAAUGGCACAGAGCAAUCUCGCCGGCGGCUGGCCGUGUACUGCCUAAAGGAUGCCUACCUGCCCCUGCGGCUCUUGGAGAAGCUGAUGUGCGUCGUCAAUUACAUGGAGAUGGCAAGAGUUACAGGUGUCCCUCUCAGCUACCUCCUGGCACGAGGGCAGCAAAUUAAAGUAGUCUCCCAGCUUUUGCGGCAGGCUAUGAAGCAGGAUCUGGUGAUGCCAGUUGUCAAGUCAGAAGGUGGGGAAGACUAUGCUGGUGCUACUGUGAUUGAGCCACUGAAGGGCUAUUAUGAUGUACCCAUUGCUACCUUGGAUUUCUCUUCCCUGUACCCUUCCAUCAUGAUGGCUCACAACCUGUGCUAUACAACGCUAUUACAACAGGGGGCAGUUGAGCAUUAUGGGCUUUCAUCAGAUGAGUUCAUCCGCACCCCAACCGGAGACCUGUUUGUCAAGUCUUCUGUUCGCAAAGGGCUGCUGCCUGAGGUUUUGGAGAACUUGCUGGCUGCGCGGAAGAGGGCCAAAGCAGAGCUGAAGCAGGAGACAGAUCCAUUCAAACGCCAGGUGCUGGAUGGGCGGCAGCUGGCCCUCAAAGUCAGUGCCAACUCUGUUUAUGGCUUCACUGGGGCCCAAGUGGGCAAACUGCCAUGCCUUGAGAUCUCUCAGAGUGUGACUGGAUUUGGGCGCCAGAUGAUCGAGAAGACAAAGCAGCUGGUGGAAUCCAAGUAUACCAUUGCCAAUGGAUACACUGCUGAUGCUAAGGUGGUGUAUGGGGACACGGACUCGGUCAUGUGCCGUUUGGGCGUGCAGUCAGUUGCCGAAGCCAUGGAGAUCGGUAGGGAAGCCGCCGCCUGGGUCUCUAGUCAUUUCAUUCCUCCCAUCAAACUGGAGUUUGAGAAGGUCUAUUUCCCCUACCUCCUGAUCAAUAAGAAGCGCUAUGCUGGUUUGUACUUCUCCUCCAACCCUGAUGUCCACGAUAAGAUGGAUUGUAAGGGCAUUGAGACCGUGCGUCGAGACAACUGCCCCCUAGUGGCAAAUCUUAUCAACACAUGCCUGCAGAAGUUGCUCAUAGAUAGGGAUCCUGUGGGUGCCAUGGCCCAUGCUAAGGAGGUGAUCUCUGACCUGCUGUGCAAUAGGGUGGACAUCUCGCAGCUGGUGAUCACGAAAGAACUGACACGUACAGCAGAAGAGUAUGCAGGGCGCCAGGCCCACGUAGAGCUGGCCGAGCGGAUGCGUCGCAGGGAUCCUGGCAGUGCCCCCAACUUGGGGGACCGGGUGCCUUACGUCAUCAUUAGCGCAGCCAAAGGCGUGGCGGCUUACAUGAAGUCAGAAGAUCCCAUCUAUGUGCUGGAGAAUAACCUGCCCAUCGACACUCAGUACUACCUGGAGCAGCAGCUGGCCAAGCCCCUCCUGCGCAUCUUUGAGCCCAUCUUGGGAGAAGGCAAAGCACAGAAUAUCCUAUUGAAGGGGGAACACACACGGUGCAAAACGGUAUUGACAGCCAAAGUUGGUGGGCUCCUGGCUUUUGCUACUAAAAAAAGCACCUGCAUUGGUUGCCGGGCUGUGCUGAACCAUCAUGGUGCUGUGUGCAAAUUCUGCCUGGGCCGCCAGUCAGAACUCUAUCAGAAGGAGGUGACUCAUCUGAACUCUCUAGAGGAAAAAUUCUCGCGCCUGUGGACCCAGUGUCAGCGCUGCCAGGGGAGCUUGCACGAGGAUGUGCUGUGUACCAGCCGUGACUGCCCCAUCUUUUACAUGCGGAAGAAAGUGCAGAAAGACCUUGAUGAUCAAGAAGUACUGAUUUCACGCUUUGGGCCCCCGACGUGGUGAUGCCUCCUGAAUCUCUCCUUCCCUUCAGACUGAAAACUUCCACCCACCGUCCCCCUUUAUAAGGGAAGAUCAACUUAGAUACAGUCAGUUCAGAAGCUUCAGGGGAAAUGGUCUCUGUGCUCUUGUUUUUGGCAUGUUUUCCUUUGCCAAGAUCAGAAGGACUCCACAUGUUGCGGGAAAGACGUCAUAACAUGGUGUAUGAAAGCCCUUUGGUGGGGGCUGUGAUUUUGUAAUACGGAUUUCUACAAAUAAAGAUUUUUCUCCUUUUUUGAUUCUUAU